GCCCGCUCUUGGUCCCGCAUCCGUCGACUUUCAGGUCGCUUGAGUAACUUCCGGGUGCUCGGCUAUCGUUGGCGUCUUAGCCAUAUCCAUCCAUCUUACGUCCGUAUAUCGGCCGGCUCUACUAAACGCUAAGAAACACCACCGACCUCCGGGAACAGGGACCAGGCCCGGCUUCCCUCGGGUUUCGCUGACUCGCUUCUGACCUCCUGCUACGCCGCAUGAUCCUUUUCACCAUCAAGUAGUAUUUCUCGAUGGGUUGAGCAACCGAGAUCCAAGACACGACGAGCAUCGAGCCAUCGACAUCACUAUCCGGUAUCCACCAUGGCUGCAUCCCGCAAAGACACAAAGGUCAUCGUCGUCGGAGGCGGCGGCACCAUGGGUUCGUCGACCGCCCUACAUCUCCUCCGCGCCGGAUACACGCCCUCCAACAUCACCAUCCUGGACACCUACCCCAUUCCGUCGGCCCAGUCGGCCGGCAACGACCUGAACAAGAUCAUGGGCAUCCGCCUCCGGAACAAAGUCGACCUGCAGCUCAGCUUGGAAGCGAGAGACAUGUGGCGCAACGACGAGCUUUUCCGGCCUUUUUUCCACAACACCGGCCGACUCGACUGCGAGAGCAGCGAGGAGGGCGUUGCCGGUCUCCGCCGCGAGUAUCAGGCGCUGCUCGACGCCAAUGCCGGGCUAGAAGAAACGCACGAGUGGCUCGACAGCGAGGACGCCAUUUUGGCCAAGGCGCCCCUGUUGCCACGUGAGCAGAUCAAGGGGUGGAAAGCCAUCUGGAGCGCAGAAGGAGGCUGGCUCGCAGCCGCCAAGGCGAUCAACGCCAUCGGCGAGGAGCUGCGGAGCCAAGGAGUCAAGUUCGGCUUCGGCGGUGCUGGCUCGUUCAAGCGUCCGCUGUUCGCUGCUGACGACGUCAGCACCUGUGUCGGGGUGGAGACGGUGGACGGAACCCAGUACCGCGCCGACAAAGUGGUUCUGGCAGCCGGUGCCUGGACUCCGGCCCUGGUAGACCUCGAGGAGCAGUGCUGCUCGAAAGCGUGGGUGUACGCACACAUGCAGCUCACCCCCGAGGAAGCGGCCGAGUACAAGGGCUGUCCCGUCGUGUACCACGGAGAUGUUGGCUUCUUCUUCGAGCCUAACGAGAACCGAGUGAUCAAGGUCUGCGACGAGUUCCCCGGGUUCACCAGGUUCAAGCAACACCAACCAUACAGCGCGCCGGCGCCGAAGCCUGUCUCGGUCCCUCGCUCCCACGCCCAACAUCCCACCGACACCUACCCCGACGCAUCCGAGCAGAGCAUCAGAAAGGCCAUCUCAACCUUCCUACCGCGCUUCAAAGACAAGCCAUUGUUUAACAGGGCGCUCUGCUGGUGUACCGACACGGCUGACUCGGCGCUGCUGGUUUGCGGGCAUCCGAGGUGGAAGAAUUUCUUCUUGGCUACGGGCGACAGCGGCCACAGUUUCAAGCUACUUCCUGUGAUUGGGAAGCAUGUUGUUGAGCUUGUCGAGGGCAGGUUAGCGGACGAUCUGGCCGCGGCAUGGAGGUGGCGGCCGGGCCAGGGCGAUGCGCGCAAGUCGAUACGGGCGGCCCCGGCCAAGGAUCUGGCGGAUAUGCCGGGUUGGAGACACGAUGGGGAUGGUGCGUCAAGAUGAUGAUUGGGAGUUCAGUGUUGUACCGAUGGAGGCUGCGCCAUUCUCCGCUGCUGGAUAUGAAUCAGACUUAUAUUAUGCCUGAGAGCAUGAGGCAGAGUCUGGACUCGGAAGAGGCCUGCUUCAUGCUUGCCCAUUUCACACCGGUGCUGUCAGCCUUUCCGAAUAUAGUUAUACCUUACAGUCUCGAAC